AACCGCAUAAACAUCAUCAAGUUCUCACUUAAAGUCCAAGGAACCACCUGCAGAGCUAACUGAUCUCCAUCCUUCAGCUAACCACGCUCGCUUAAUUCAAAUGGCCAAGGUUCAUGCCUUCCCACAAGUUGACUCUUCUUCUUGCUCUGCUUCUACUUCCUACAUGUCUUCAAAGCCAGAAACUUUCACUGUAUGGAUGAAAUCACUUUUGAUGCAAACAAAUGGAUGCACUGUUUUUAAUAAAAACGGUGAGAUUGUUUACCGAGUUGAUAAUUAUGACAAGAAGGCCGGGAGCAAUGAAGUUUAUCUCAUGGAUCUCAGGGGAAAUGUUCUUUUCACUAUACUUAGAAGGAAACUAUUCCUUUUCAGACAAUGGAGGGGUUACAAAAGUGAUGGCUUAAAAUUAAAGACUCAAGAGCCUUAUUUCCAAGUUAAAAGAUGUUCAGAAAUAUUCGAAGGUGAUCUAUCCUGUCAAAUUACUGUUCGAUCCGGUGACGCUCAAGAGAGUUGCUACUACAAGUUAGAAGCCUUAUCUGGAAAAUUAGCAUUCAAGAUUACAAACAGCAAUGGGGAAAUUGUUGCAGAGGCCCAGAGAAAGCGAUCAUCCAAAGGUGUAUUACUAGGGGAUGAUGUCCUAACCUUGGUGGUGGAGCCUCAUACCGAUGAUCAUUCCUUUAUCAUGGCACUUGUGACUGUGUACGGAUUGAUGCAUCAUAAGCUGUGAACAGUCUUCAAAAUGUACACAUCAGAUAAUUUUUAUUUAUAUGGACUUAAGUGUAGAGGAAAUAUUUUUUUGAUCAAUUCAA